CUCUGGCAGAAGCCAGCAAGGGCACCACGAGAUUUGAGAAAAUCGCCAAAAUGAAGUACGUUCUUGUAUCUGGAGGUGUCAUCUCUGGCAUUGGAAAGGGCGUCAUUGCCUCUUCUACCGGUCUGCUGCUGAAGACGAUCGGGCUUAAGGUCUCUUCGAUCAAGAUUGAUCCGUACAUGAAUGUCGAUGCUGGCACUAUGGCUCCCACCGAGCACGGUGAAGUCUUUGUCCUCGACGAUGGCGGUGAAGUCGACCUCGACCUUGGCAACUACGAACGCUACCUCAACAUCACCCUCACGCGAGAGAACAACAUCACCACAGGCAAGAUCUACCAACACGUCAUCGAGCAAGAGCGUGCUGGCAAGUACAUCGGCAAGACGGUCCAGGUUGUUCCACACUUGACGGAUGCAAUCCAGGACUGGAUUGAACGGGUUGCCAGAAUCCCCGUCGAUGACACGAAGGAGACGCCGGAUGUGUGUAUCAUUGAGUUGGGAGGCACAGUCGGCGACAUCGAAAGCGCGCCGUUCAUCGAGGCUAUGAGACAGUUGAAGCGGAGAGCUGGGAAAGGCAAUUUCCUCCAGAUUCAUGUCUCGCUCGUUCCUGUUAUUCAGGGAGAGCAGAAGACGAAACCUACACAGCAGGCCAUUCGGGAUGUUGGACGUGCUGGUCUUGUUCCAGAUCUCAUUGCAUGCCGUUGUGAUGUCGAGCUUGAGAAAAGCACGAUGGACAAGAUUGCUAAUUUCUGUCAAGUCGAACCAGAGCAAGUAAUCGGAGUCCACAACGUCCCCUCAACCUAUCAUGUCCCCCUUCUCCUCGAGCAACAAGGUCUUGUUAAGAUGGUUGGCGAAAUCCUUAAACUCGACGAUAUCCAAAAAACCAAAGGCUUAGUCGCCCGUGGACAAGCCACAUGGACCGAAUGGAAGAGCCUCACCAUGCAACAAGAUCGCCUCUAUGAAACGGUCUCCAUCGCCCUGGUAGGAAAAUAUACCGCUCUCCACGACAGCUACCUUUCCGUCAUCAAAGCGCUCGAGCACAGCGCCAUGCGUUGCGGAAAGAAGCUCAACCUCAUCUGGGUUGAGUCCUCUGAUCUCGAAGAAUCGACCCGCCUCAGCAACACUCCCGCCUUCCACAAAGCCUGGCACGAAGUUUGCACAGCAAACGGAAUCCUCGUCCCGGGUGGUUUUGCCCAGCGAGGCACGGAAGGCAUGAUUGCUGCCGCCAAGUGGGCUCGAGAGCAAAAGACUCCAUUCUUGGGCAUCUGUCUCGGAAUGCAACUCGCCGUCAUCGAGUUCGCUCGUCACGUUUGCGACAUCCCUAAAGCAGGGUCUGUAGAGCUAGAUGGAGAGCAAUGCGAGGACCCAGUCGUUAUCUUUAUGCCCGAAGGCGACAGAACGAAGCUGGGCGGAACGAUGCGUCUCGGUCUCCGUCCCACAAUCUUCCAGGAAGGAUCAGAGUGGUCUCGCCUCCGCCAACUCUACGGCGAAGUCAAGCAGAUCAACGAGCGUCAUCGCCACCGAUAUGAAGUAAACCCAGACUACAUCGAUCGUCUCCACGACGCUGGUCUCGAGUUCAUCGGCAAGGAUGGCAAGGGCGAGAGAAUGGAGAUCGUAGAGCUAAAGGAUCAUCCGUACUAUGUGGGCGUCCAGUUCCACCCUGAGUACUUAUCUCGGGUCUUGAUGCCGAGUAAGCCAUAUCUUGGUUUCGUGGCAGCUGCAUCGGGCUGCUUGGAGAAGGUUACGCAGGAUGUGUUGGCGAAGGAGGGCAUCUUGCCGAAUGGGCAUGCGGUAAAUGGCGUCCGUAUCUAGAGUCUAGAUUUCACAGGCGUAGAACGGAGUUCCGUUGCGUCCAUUAUGUGGGUGUUGGAUUGCAUAGUCUGGGAUUUGCAUGGUACUCGCUUUUGCGGGUGGAUAAGAGUGUUUAUACUGCGAGCAGGUAGAUUAGUAGAUUACCCCAAGCAAUUGGCGCCAGUUCUAUUAAGUGUCUAUACACGAAUACAAUACAUACACCUAAGCGAA